CAAUCAGUGGAAGAAAAGUGCGAUCCCAAUAUCUAAUCUUUCUUUCUUUCUUUCUUCUGCUUCGUCUUCUCCUCUUAUCUAUCAAUUUUAUAGAACCACUCUGCUUUGUACUGAUUUCACCAAAUAAAAAUGGCCACGAAACUGCAGAUAUUUACAGGACUAACCCUGGCCUCAACCCCUGCCUCUUCAUUGCAGCCCUCUUCCUCUUCUUCUUCUUCUUCUUCUUCUUCUUCAAGCUCUCACAGUCUAUGUAUGGUCAGGAAGCCACUGACGACCUCGUUUUUUGGCCGUGGAGUAAAAGUUGUGGGGUUAAGAAUUGCUGCUUCCAACCAAUCUCGUUGUAGGCAACGUGGAGGUUCUCUUGCUGCUGGUAUGAACCUUUUUGACCGGUUUGCUAGGGUUGUCAAGUCUUAUGCAAAUGCAGUAAUAAGUUCAUUUGAAGAUCCUGAGAAAAUUUUAGAGCAAACAGUGCUUGAAAUGAAUGAAGAUUUGACAAAGAUGCGUCAGGCUACAGCACAAGUUUUGGCAUCUCAAAAGCAGUUGGAAAACAAGUACAAGGCUGCGCAACAAGCUUCUGAAGAUUGGUAUCGUAGAGCACAAUUAGCUCUUCAGAAAGGAGAAGAAGAUCUUGCACGUGAAGCUCUAAAGAGGCGUAAAUCUUAUGCUGAUAAUGCUAAUGCUUUGAAAUCUCAACUUGAUCAACAGAAAAGUGUUGUUGAGAAUCUUGUCUCUAACACACGGCUUUUGGAGAGUAAGAUACAGGAAGCAAGAUCAAAGAAAGAUACUUUGAAAGCACGUGCUCAGUCUGCAAAGACUUCAAACAAAGUGAGUGAGAUGUUGGGGAAUGUCAAUACAAGUAAUGCUCUUUCAGCUUUUGAAAAGAUGGAAGAGAAAGUGUUGGCAAUGGAAUCCCAAGCAGAAGCUAUUGGUCAAUUAACUACUGAUGAUCUUGAAGGAAAGUUUGCAUUGCUAGAAGGCGCAUCAGUUGAUGAUGAUCUAGCAAACCUGAAAAAAGAAAUAUCUGGUGGCUCAAAGAAAGGAGAGCUUCCACCAGGAAGAACUGUCAGUACCAGCUCAAACAAGGCAUAUCCAUUCCGAGAUUCUGAAAUUGAAAUGGAGCUUAAUGAACUCAGGCAAAGGGCAAAGGAUUUUUAGACUUGCAAUUUUUCCUGUCUUUUUUUCCCCCUGGACUUUCUUCUUUCAAGCUCAGGAUUGGUUUCAUUUUGCAGUCAGAUUUAACAUUGUACAGCCAAAAGGCCAAACAGAUAAACAUUGUAUAGCUAAAAGGCCACGCUUAAAUCAAUUAUAGUGCUGUUUGGAGGGAUAUGUAAUGAACAAAGCUGCAUGCUUAUGUAUGAUAACACAAUUUUCAUGUUCCAA